GAAUCGCGUUUUAGAAUGUCAGCUGACAUCCCGGAAGUGAUACAAAAUAAUAAAUAUCGCUGCCGCUCUCUCCACAAUAUUUCAUAUUUCGGUUAAUUUAAAGACAUUAUUUAAUCCGCUAUUAUGGAGGGUUCACUGGAGCAGCAUCUUGAUGAUACAAUGAAAAAUCCUGCCAUCGUUGGGGUUUUGUGCACAGACGCUCAAGGCCAUAAUCUAGGAUGCCGUGGCUCGCUUUCUGAUGAACAUGGAGGCAUUGUGUCUGUGCUGGCCAAGCAAGCUGCUUCUCUAACCAAAGACCCCACUGACUCUCCUACUGUGUGUCUGGAGUCUGACUCUGGGAACAUUUUGGUGAGAACGCAUGGAACAAUUACACUGGCUGUGCAUAAGAUGGCAUCAUAAAUUCUGUUUGUUUAUAAUUGUCAUGUAUUGAAUGUGUGCAGUGUUUUAAACAUCAAUAUUUGAGUUUGAUGAGUUUCAACGGUCUAUUGUGAGCAACCUAGAAAUUUAUUGAUCAGCUGAGAUCAUGUCUUCCAUCAAAUGAAAAACCAUCAUAUAUUUGUGUCCAUGGUUAAUCAGUCAUUUCUUUUCCAAUAUUUGUAUUUUCUUUCAACCAUAGUUUAGAUGUGUUUAUGUGUUUGUUUAUUUUGGUCAAACUAUUGUUUCCCAUCUAAUAAAUUGUUAUUUAA